AUGACAUCCUAUCAACCAGAGUCACCAAAGAUAUCUCCAAGAAAAAUUUCAAACCCAUCACCAUCUCAAGGUGCUACUUCAAGUAAAGACACUAUAAAAGAGAAUUCAACAUUUUCAUUAUCUCCAAAUAGACCCAAUUCUGUACACGAUAAAGUAGCUAGAUUGUCUAUCCAUGGAUCAGAUGAAGCUCACAAGAACUUAUUGGAAUCCUUAGAAUCGAAGGCUAAUGGACCACCUAAAAGAAGAAGGUCAAGUGCACAACUUGUGUUACAAGUUAACAACAAUAACAACCCUAACAGCACAUUAUCAAGAAAAAAUAGUCUAACAAGCAUGAAAGUAAUUAAGAAGAAGAAGAAAAUGAACAAACCUAUGGAAUUGAAAAUUUUUGAGAAUGCUUUCAAUAAGAAAAUAUCUAUUAAAGAUUUAAGAGAUUUAACUCUGUUUCUUAUGAACGCAAACAAUAAUAUGCCUCAAUGGCUUAGAUUGAAGAAUAGACCCCAGGGAUUAAAGAUGGUAGUUCUAUUCAUGCCGGGAUUAGAACCUCAAGAUUUUGAGUUACCAUCCGGUAAAUCUUUCUCCGCUGAUCUACCAUAUGAAAACCAUAUCUUUUUGAAAGGUAAUGAAAACAAACAUUUGUUAGAGAAUUGUAUAUCUGUACCAAUAACGGCACCUGGCUCCAGAUUAUCCUUAUUCUCAUCAUACAAUUCGUUUAUAAAUGUUGGUUUAACUAAAAAUGAAAAACAAUUAAAGAAAACUGAAUUGUCUAAUAAAAAAGUUAUCAUUGAUGACUUAAUAAUGAGAUUGGAUCAGUUGAUAGAGAAUGGAUAUCCUAUCCACCCUUAUACCGAAGGUGUCACGGAUGAAGAUAGAUGCAAAGAUAUUGAACUAAAUAAUACGAAAGAGAGUGAUUCAAUGUGGUACAACACUAUUUCCUUUGAUCAUGCAGGCUCUCAUAUAUUUGGCUUAGAUUGUGAAAUGUGUCUUGCUGGUAAAGAUUUUGUUUUAACAAGAGUGUCAAUUUUAGAUUUUCAAAAUAAUGUAAUAUAUGAUGAAUUAGUUAAACCAGAUGUAGAGAUAACAGAUUAUUUAACCAAAUAUAGUGGAAUAACAAAGGAAAAAUUGGAUCCAGUGACUACAACAUUAAAGGAUGUUCAACAUAAAAUAACAAAAUUGAUAAGCUCCCAAGAUAUCUUAAUAGGUCAUUCUUUACAGAGUGAUCUUCUUGCAUUAAAACUAAGACAUCCAAGAAUUGUAGAUACCGCUGUAAUAUAUGAUCAUAAAGCUGGACCACCAUUUAAACCAGCAUUGAAAUACCUAGCAUCAGAAUAUUUGAAUAUAAGCAUUCAGAAUAACGCUGAAGAUGGGCAUGAUUCUAUUGAGGAUGCUAGAACAUGUAUUGAAUUAACAAAAUUAAAGAUAAUGAAUGGGUUAUGGUUUGGUAUCUCAAUUAAUACAGAAGAUUUAUUUGUAAGAUUAAGUGAGAAGAGUAAUAAGAAAUCGUUAAUUUUAAAUGAUUAUGUUUCCAAGAAUUUCAAUUCGAAGGAUAAUAUUUAUGUAGGCGGUUCCAAAGUGUCAUCAUUAUCUAAAAAGAUUCGAUGUGUUAAUGAUACUGAAAUUUAUGAUAACAUUCAAUUACACAUUGAUGAUUACGACAUCUGUGUUGGUAGAUUAAGAGAACUUGAGUUUAAUAGAGGCUACUCACAAAGACGUUCAAGAGCUGAAACUGUAAAUACCAAAUCUAGUGAUGAAAUAAUUAAGUUAUGCAAUGAAAGUAUCAAUAAGAUAUAUGAAAAAUUACCACUGGGUAGUGUCAUGUUUUUAGUAAGUGGUUGUGGCGACACUAAGGAUUUCAAUAAUAUUAUGCAAGAGAUGAAUGCUUUAAAUAAAGAGGAUAGAAUUGCCAUGAAACAACAACGUGAUGAGGAAUUGGCUAAUGCAGUAAUGAAGGCAAGAGAUAGUGUUGCCAGUAUUAUUGUCAAGACAGAAUCUACUGCGUUGUAUUGA